AUGCCUCCUCCGUUGGGCAUAAAGGGCGCCUUCAGAGCUCUUAGCAUCCGGCCACGGCCUUCGCUGCAAUGUCUGGUCCCACGGACCGCCACUCUGGCACGCGGGUUUGCAGAUAACACCACCACGAUCCCUCCCAGGUUACCCGAGCAAAAUGCCGACUCCCUGCCUAUUUCUAUGACCAAGUCGAGCCAAACUCCUGAUUCUUCAGUGGAAGGAGCCAGCGGCGCGGCAGCGGGCCAGUCACACAACGAGGUAGCGCUGGGCCAGCUGGAGAUGGUCGCGUAUGGCUUGAAUCCCUUCGACCCUUCUGUCGAGGGACACAAAUACGGCCUGCCAGACCUGCCACUGCCGUCGCAAAUGCACAUGAAGCACCGAUACGACCCGGUAGUUUCCCAGAUUACGAGACUGCUCAUGCAGGAUGGCAAGCUUAGCAAGGCUCAGCGGCAUAUGGCUGUGAUUCUGAACCUGCUCCGGACCUCGCCGGCCCCAAAACUGAACCCGGCACGCCCGCUGCUCCCCGGCGCGCCGCCCCCGGCACAGCUCCCGCUUGACCCCGUCCUCUACCUCACGCUCGCGAUCGACUCGGUGGCGCCCCUAGUCCGCAUACGGGCGCACAAGGGCCUGGCCGGCGGCGGAGCCAGUCUCGACGUGCCGGUCCCGCUCGCGGCGCGGCAGCGGAGGAGGACGGCGUUCCAGUGGAUCCUGGACGUGGUGGACAAGAAGAAGUCCAAGGGCAGCGGCAGGGACAUGUUCGCGCACAAGGUCGCCGAGGAGAUCAUCGCGGUCGUGGAGGGCCGGUCGAGCGUCUGGGACAAGCGCCAGCUGCUCCAUAGGCAGGGCACGAGUGCCCGGGCCAACAUGAGCAACCCCAGGCUUAGGAAGCCCGGGAGAUAA